CUGCUAUCCAUAUCCCCCUUCCUUUUCUCUGCUAAACUCCUCUCCCCUCACACACUCUCUCUCUCUCUCGCUCUCUCUCUCUCUCUGCAAAAACCCGUGCACAAGUACCUUGAAUUGUUGCUAGUCCUUUCUACUGUUCUAGUACUACGCAAUUGCUGGAGUUUGUUAGUACUACUAUUUUGGAAGAAUAAUAAACCGGCGGGUUUCGUUUCCAUUCUCCACCAAUAACCAUAAUUCUGUCAUAAUAAUUACUCACUGGAGAAAAGCAUGAGUACUGAAACUCAGAAUUCGGACUCAUUCUCGUCCUCCCCAUCCUCGCCGUCCUCCCCCGGGUCAACUCACUCACUCGCCAACUCAGUCUCAACCCAACUACCCAAAUCACCAAACCCACCAAAAAUCAUCAAGCGAAGCCGAGACAACAGCAGGAAGCACCCGGUUUACCGGGGGGUCCGGAUGAGGAGCUGGGGCAAAUGGGUGUCCGAAAUCCGCGAGCCGCGCAAGAAGUCGCGGAUUUGGCUCGGCACCUUUCCCACGCCUGAAAUGGCGGCCCGGGCCCACGACGUCGCUGCCCUGACCAUAAAAGGGAGCUUGGCCGCCCUCAAUUUCCCCGAGCUUGCCGGGUCCCUGCCCCGGCCCUCAUCGAAGUCGCCGCGGGACGUUCAGGCGGCGGCGGCCAAGGCGGCGGCAAUAGUGGAGUUCGACUCGCUGCCGCCACCGCCGCCGGCGGGUCAGAUUUCGGACGAGUUGUGUGAGAUCGUUGAGUUGCCGAUCUUGGGGACCGGGUACGACUUGGCGGAGUUAAACAGGGAUUUCGUGUACGUUGAGUACUCAGUUGAGGAAGGGUGGCUGUAUCCACCACCGUCGUUGUACUUUUCUGAUCAGGUGGCGGCGCCGGAGAGUGGAACCCCAAGUGUUGACUCCAUGUUUUGGGAUUACUAUCGGUGACUUAAUAAGUUGGAUAGUCUCGUCUGUUACUUCUGUUAUGGUUUUGUUUUUGUUUUCUGGGUUACUGGUUUUAGCUAUUUUGGUUUUUCA